AUGGCGUUGGCACCUUUUGAUCAUAAUAAGAAACCGUCCUCAUUUUCUCUUGGUAUCGGGACCUCCUACAGCAAGAAGGAAGAGAUCUCCCCUGCCGGUGGUCAGGAAAAGGAAUUACGAUUUGAAACUCAGUGCGUCGUCUCUGCUCCUCUCCCUUUCUUCAAUGCUCCUCCAAAAUCAUCUAACUCCAUCGGAUAUCUGCAACAUGGUCAGUGGCUGUCACUUGUCAUCCUCUUUGCACAUGUCUUGAAAAAUUUUACGAAGCUGCUUAAAAAUAGUAAUGGUAUUGGUGGAGAUGGAGGAGGCGAUUGCGCGGGGGACGGCACAGCAAAUAUAGAGUCACCGCUACCGCGUACUUACAUUGUGAGAGGAGGCAGGGAUUUGUUUCCCUUGCUUCGGGAUGCAUUCAAGGGAAUUAAGCAGAUUGGUGUGAUUGGAUGGGGUUCUCAGUCAAUUGGACUUGAUUUCCCAAAGAACAUCAGUGUGGUUGCUGUGUGUCCCCUGGUGGAGGCCCAUUCUGUAAGAAGAGACCAUGUUCAAGGCCAGAAGAUCAAAAAUGGUGCCGGAAUUAAUUCCAGUUUAUCUGUCCACCAGGUGUUCAUUGUUGCAUAUACACAGGAUGCCGAUGGUAGAGCCACAGAUGUUGCCUUGGGAUGGUCAGUAGCCCUUGGCUCACCUUUUACAUUGGACCACGAAUGCAAAGCUCAUGCACUUUGA